AUGUACAAACAUUUUAUUGAUCCUGAUUCUACAGAUAGUGGAGGUUAUGAACGUCGUCCACGAGGACCAAAAAAAUCUGAUGAAAAUAAUGAAUAUUCAAAAAAAUCUUCAACUCUUACUAAUCCUCACGUAAUCGAUAAUAAUCAUCUUGAAAAACCUUGUAAAGCUUGUAUUGACUUUAAAGAUUGGUUAAAACAUAGUAGUAGUACUAAUAUCGAAAGAAAACCAACUACUGUUGAUCAACAAAUUUCAAUUAAUGCUCCAUGUCCAUUAAUGCGUGAUGAUUUAGGUCGUGCAUCAUGGUCAUUACUUCAUACAAUGGCAGCUUAUUAUCCAAAUGAACCAAAAAAAGAAGAACAACAAUCAAUGAAACAAUUUAUUAAUUCAUUUUCAAAAUUAUUUCCAUGUCCUGAAUGUCGAACCGAUUUUCAAGAAGAAAUUAUUAAAUCACCACCUGAUGUUUCGAGUUGUAUUGGACUAUCAACAUGGAUGUGUGAACAACAUAAUAUAGUUAAUAAAAAAUUAGGAAAACCUGAAUUUGAUUGUAAACGAGUUUUAGAACGAUGGAAAGAUGGACCAACAGAUGGUAGUUGUGAUUAA